UCCGAAAAAUCAAAAUAUAAAAAAAAUAAAAUAAAAGAGGGAAAGAAAAAGAAUCGGCUGCCAUGGAAGCUGCAGUCUCAUCUUCCCUUAUACUCACAUCUCCAUUGAACACAAAGACUCUCUCUAGAAACAGAGUAAUCACCGGUUAUCCAAAAUCAACGCGCACAUUUCGCUUGAUCAAAAAUCGGAAACUGACCACCACAAUUGCAGCUGUCAAUGAAGUUUCUGCGGCAGCAGAUUCAGGCCAAGUGGAGGUCACCUGGCAGAUCAUCGUUGGAGCUGUAGCUGGUGUAACCCCUUUUGUAGUAGCUGGAAUUGAGUUCAGUAAAAGAAUAAUAGCACAAAGAAGAUGUGAAAUAUGUGGAGGGGCUGGACUUGUCAUGAGGGAAAAGGACUAUUUUCGUUGCCCUGGAUGCGGAGGAUUCCUACCCUGGCAGUCAUGGAAAAGAUUCUUCUCUGGUUAGUGUUAUAGUAUAUGUAGCUUGAUUGAAUCUGCUUCCUGUGUUCCUCCUACUUAAGAGGGCCAAAACUCUCGAAGCAGCUUUUCUAGUUUCCCUUGGCCAAAUAUUGCUAUUACUUGCCAGGAUUCGAGGGUUCUUUCUCUUUGUUUCAGUCUCUAUGUCUUUCUCCCACAACAGAGAGCCAAAACAGAAGAACCCAGAAAUAUAGAUACAUAGAUAGAUUGAUGUGAUCUGAUCAUUAUUCUGAUCUUUAUAAUCAAGUUCACAAUUUAAUUUUAUA